GAACUGCGUGGAUCGAAGCAGCAUGUUUUUCGCGAGGACCAGCUGUGUGUGUGGGACAUUGGCGCACGCUGCUGUGUGAAAUCGCAGCAUCAGUUUGAAAAGGGACAAUGAGGAGAGAAGAGGGGACCAUCCAUCCCUAUCCCGCCAGCGUCAAGAAAAAUAACACUUCUCAACCUAGGGCAGUCCGUUUACAGGGCAGGCUAGAUUCUGAGAAAGUCUGCUCUGUUUCCGAAUAGCCUACAUGGCUCAAACAGUGCAGCUAUGUUGACAGGUAGCAUAUUUACAUUUUAGCAUCUAGCUUUAUUACCAUACUUUUGCAUACCGGUAUGCCCCUGUCUGAUAAGCAAGGAGGUGAUCUGUGGAGGAGACACGGCAACUGCACUGCAACGAAGUGAAGUUCACCACCAGCGGCUCUGCAGAUCCUCUGGAGUGAACCAGAGGACACAGACAUCCAACCAAAAGUCCUGAAAACUGGAUCUGAAAACCUGAAGGCCUGACACAAGAACGGGUUAAACCCAGUAUCUGAAUACAGGACUAUCUGACAGGACUGCCUCAGAAGCUCAGAGGACAGAGUUGUUGACUCUGGGAGCCAACAGAGCUCCAGGAUGGGUUGCUUCUUUGGCUCAGGAUGGAAAAGUUCCCCAUCAUCGCAUGACAAAUCACAGUUGUUACCCAGCAUCCGUUAAAUGAAUGGCUUGACUUGAGUAAGUACUAAGUAUGAGUACAGACAGCCUGAAAGCCAGUAUAAGACAGAUAUAACUAAGGAACAAAAUACUCAUCAUACAUCAAUCCCAGAGUCUGUUAAAUGAAUAGGCUUGACCUGUGUGGCCUGUCUCAGGCUCAGGUGGAGGGGUCCCAGGUGUCUACCUGAGGUUGUUGUUCCGUUUUAUGGAGGCGUUGCACAGCCAUAGCUGCUUGCCGACUGGGGAGCAGUCCGGAGUUCACGACCAGCCUCAGCCAGGAGAGUCUGCUCUGCCUCUCCCAGGAGAGUCUGCUCUGCCUCUCCCAGACUCUCCGCCUCCCAAAUCUCUCUCCUCCCAGAACCAUGAACCGCAGACACAACAGACUCGCUCCAAACAAGGAGGCCCUCAACAACAACAUGGACAACAUCACAAACUGCCUAAUAAGCGGGAGCGCAAGCGUCUCAGACAUCAGAGGCAAAGCGUUGAUUCCGACACCCCACCGGCGGAGGAGGGUAAGCAUGCAAAGGCAGAGGCAACACCAACCAGAGUGGCUCGGACCUCGUCUGGUGGGACCAGGGCGACUCCCUCCUCAUCAUCCACCUCCACCCAGUCUACAGAGGCUCCUGCCACAGAGGAGAACCAAGAGGGCACCCUAAAGCAGAAACGGGAGCGUAAGCCUGGAAAACCUGGGAAAUAUGUGUGCUCUUACUGUGGCCGUGCCUGUGCCAAGCCCAGCGUCCUGCAGAAACACAUCCGCUCCCACACCGGAGAGAGGCCCUACCCCUGUGCUCCCUGCGGAUUUUCUUUCAAGACCAAGAGCAACCUCUACAAGCACCGGAAGUCCCAUACCCACAGGGUGAAGGCCGGCCUCGCCUCUGGAGAGCCCAGUGCUUUAGAAGAACCGGUGCCAGAGUCAGAAGACGAAACUAGACAGCCGUUGUCUGCUGCUUCUUCCAACACAGAGAGACAAGGCAGCGUAGCCAAUGAGAAGACCCAUGAAGACACUGAGAGAUCUAGAGAGCAGUCCAGUGGGAUGGACAACUCCUACGCCGUCAAGAAGAGGCUGGCCAUGCGUUUGAGCCGAGGGAAACGUGGCCCUCUAGGCUCGUCUGACUCGAUCAGUUCCUCGAUGGGUAUGGGGAGUAGAGGCAGCACAGAGUCUGGCUAUUUCUCUCGUUCUGAGAGCACUGAGCAGUCACAGGACAGCCCACCCACCGUAACCAAAAGUGCCAAAAGCUAUGCAGAGAUCAUCCUAGGGAAAUAUGGCCGUCUGGGCCACCUCCAGAGGAUGUCCAGGCAUCAGGACCAGCAGCCUUCUGGAAGCCAGGGACAGCAGGAGAAGAGCAUCCCAUUCACAGUGCCCAAGAAGCAGGUCAUUGACCACAUCACCAACCUCAUUACUAUCAAUGAGGCUGUCGUGGACACAAGUAAGAUCGACAGCGUCAAGCCCAGGAGGUUCUCUCUCUCUAGGAGAAGUAGCACAGAGUCUAAGGUUUCUUUAUCUCUGAAAGAGUCGCCUGUAGUCCACCACAGCACCGUCAACCCUGGAGACCCAGGCUUUAAGAGCAGUGGUUCCAUCACUAUGGGUGUUCCGUGUGAGAAGUUUCAUCAUCACCAAUCACUACACGUGGAUUCAACGGCAGGCCAGACAUCCACUUCCAUGGCUCCUCUUCUGAGAAGCCUCUCUAUGCCCUCUGCUGCUAGUUCAACUGAUGCCUCCUCUGGCGCCUGCCCACGAAACUUCCGCCUUAGCCAAUCUUUCGAUGAACGGUCUGAAACACAGUCUCGCCGCAUUGGGAUGCUACGACGCCAGCCUGCUAUCGAACUACCCCCAGGUGCUGAAAUAAAUAAAGAGGAACAUAGUUUACACAGUAGCUCCAACACUCUGCUCUACAAUCACAAUAUGUCCGUCGUGCCUCCUGACCAUAAGCAAUGUCAACCAGAGCCGUACGAGUGUGAGACCUGUGGCGUUGGAUGUAAGAACUGGGAAGGUUAUAAGGCACACAAGAGAAGUCUUUGUAUAGCACGACUUCCCCAAGAGAGUCUUGAUACAACAAUAUGCCAGAUGGACCGUUCACAGUUGAUACACUAUCCGAUCAACAGACCAGGGGUUUUGGCAAUGCGCAAGAGAAGGAAAGAAGAGAGUUUUGAAUCUGAUGAUCCAUCCUCUCCUGUUUCUUUAUCCAUACCCACCUUGUCCACGUUGGUGCAAGGCAGAGACGAAGGAAGUGUAGCAUGCAAUAGAAACUCAUGGUCACGAUUAGAGCAGGAUUGGGGAGGGACAUCAAAAGGUUUCUCAGUGAUUCAACAUACUAGUUCAUUUGAGAAACAGGACACUUUGUUUACAGAGAGUCAAGGUAAAGAGGAGGCACAUAUUAAAUUCCCAUCUCUUGAGGAUGCGUCUCAAAAACAACUGCAGGAACACUCGUCCAAACCAACACCUCGCAAACUGGUGCGCCAACGCAAUGUUCAGGUCCCUGAGAUAUUCAUCACUGAGGAUUCCAACACCAAUGUUAUUGAGCCUAUUCAGACACAAUCAGAAAUGGCCUCCCUAAUGCCUAAACAGACCAAGAGGACAGAGGAGUUCCAGUGGCCACAGAGGAGCCUCACCCUGUCUGGGGUCCCCAUCGAGAAGCUGCCCCCGAAGAAGAAACGAAUUCGCCUUGCAGAGGCCGCCCAGUCUUCAGGGGAGUCCAUGUCCAGCUUUGACUCCAUCUCCCUGCCUCGCAGCCCCAGCCAGGACAGCUGUGCAUCCCACGCAUCUAGCCACUCUGCAUCCUUUGAGGAGUCCACCAGACCCGGAGACAUGGAGACCCUGGCUGGGAUACCAUUGAGGAGAUCCAGGGCCCCUAACAUGUUGACCGUCCCAGGGCUGCAUCAUCACAAAAGGGAGAUGCGGCGGUCGGCCUCAGAGCAAGCACCUUACGACCCACGGCAGCAAUCUGUUUUGAUGGCGAUGUCGGAGAUGCGAAGCAAGUCCUUUGACUACAGCAGUUUGUCCCCUGAGCGCUCGGCGGCCGGCUGGAGAGACAGACGCAAAUGUCUCCUCAUGAGACACACUCCGGUCAGGGACCCAGAGGAGGAGGAGCAGCCUGCCAAACCUGUAGAACUAAAGCUGAAUCCCAGUUCCUGCAUUAUUGCCAAACACACAGCACUAAAGGUGAACAACCCUUCCCACUGCAUCCCCAGUCCUGACCCUGUCAGUCCCAGCUCCUCCUCUAGACUAAGCCCAGGUCCUCAACACCUUAGUUCGGCCACUGGUUCCCCUCUGUCAGGCGAACCCACAUCCUGUAACCCUGUGCAAACUAUUUGCGGAGAGCCUCCCUCACAAUGGAAACUGGGCCAAAGUAUUCAGUUGACUGGACAUUGCUUUGAAGUUCUACCCUCUCAGAACUCUGUAGAAUCUCCUGAUCCCCUCCAGAGGGUAGCCCCAUCACCUCUAUGUUCAGGGAAGCCUGUAAUUAUCUCCCUCCGUCCUGUCCACACCUACAUCCACCCUGCCCAACCCCGCCCUGUCUACCCUCCCCACCCCCUCCCCACCCAGUGCCCAUUAGGGAUUGCUAGGGCCCACUACCUUCCAAUAUCCACAGGCCUGAAGCUGGAGAUUCCAGUCCCAACUCACAGUCAUGAUGGACAUUCAGAGUUUGUAACACAUCCUCCGCAGAUCCUCCACCCUCACCCUAACAUCACACUCAGCCCAGAGUUACUCCGGCCCUCCAUAUCACCAGCAGUAGCAGUAGUCCGGCAACAGGCAGACACCAACACCCUAGCCAGUGCCAUAUACACCACUCUGUCCCAAACCACAACAUCUAGGUCCCAGGAACCUGUUUGUUCUGCAUUAAACAGUGGGAAUAGAGAUACCCCAACGUCUGAACAUAACAGCCACCUGGUCAUGACUCUGCCUGUAAGCAGCAAGAGGUUGUCUGAGACUCUGUUACCAGUCAGCCAGUUGACUCUACCUCCAGGCAACCACUUGGCUUUGCCUCUGCCUCCAGGCAGCCAGUUGUGGUCUGAGGAGGGCUGUAGAUCUUCAGGCUCAGGAAGCUACAAGCGCAUGUUAUCCCCUUCAAACAGUGUUGAUUUUAGCCCUGAGUCCAAACAGCAGCAGAAACGAGUGAAGGAGGAAGAAGAGGAGAGUUGUGUAGGAAACGUAAUCGCAGAAACAUCAACAAAAGAAGAAAAGGUUGAGAUUCCAACAUGUUUACCUAGGGUGUGUACUCCCAUAAGUCCAGAAGGACCUUCAUAUCCAACCCUUCAGUCCACCACCUCUCACAGCUGGUGUUAUCUGAACUACAUCAAGCCAAACCCCUCCACCUUGACUGACCAGCCCUCAGUGUACUCCUCCUGGUCUACCAGCGAGUAUGACCCCAACCCUCCAGGCCUCUCCACCAAGACAGCCCUGUCCCUGUUGGACUGCAAGCAGAGGGUCAGCUACACCAUCUAUACCAUGUCUCCCAUGUCAUCCACCCCUGCAGAGACCACACCAGAGCCUGCCGACAUGAAGACGCCAUGCCCUUCUGAGGUACAUGCCACUCUGCCCGGCGACAGCCACCGUGUUGAGACAACAGAGCAAGAGCAGUCUGCAGAGGACAAGGUGCCAAAGAAAGAACGAGAGGAGGAGGAAGAGAACGAAGAGAAGGAAAAAGAAGGGGAGGCCCAGUCAACUAGCAAAUGUAGAGAACCUCCACCUCGAAUCUGGAUCUGUGAGGGAGGCUACAGGUCUAGUGAGGAGUAUGUGUACGUGCGGGGUCGAGGCAGAGGCAGAUAUGUAUGUGAGGAGUGUGGGAUCCGCUGUAAGAAGCCUAGUAUGCUGCGUAAACACAUCCGCCUGCACACAGACUCACGACCCUACGUCUGCAAGCAUUGCAACUUUGCCUUCAAAACCAAAGGGAACCUCACUAAACACAUGAAGUCCAAGGCCCAUGGGAAAAAAUGCCAUGACGGGCCAAUGACUGGCUCUUCUCUGGAAGAGGCUGAGGAAGGCCACUGCAGUUGCCUCAUACUCCCCCCCUUCCUCUCAGGAGGCAGUGAAGACUGCUCAGUCUGGCCAGAGACAGGACAGGACGAGCACCAAUACUCUGACGUCAGCGAAACUGAAGAAGACGACGAUGACAACGAGUAUGAUGAUGAAGAUGAUGAUGGUGAAGAGGAGUCCUGGUCCCAUGAAGACCCUUCCUCCACAAGCCACCUGAAGCCACCCAAACCCCCAAACCAGAACAGAACCACACCAGACCGGGACAGGACCAGACCAUCUGGACCAAGCCAGCCCAGCCAGCCUCAGAGGCUGAAUCCCCAGGAGACAAGCCUCUGUUACCCUGCUGGUUCCCCCAGCAAGAAGAGAGCUCUGUUCUCCCGGAGGAGGCACCUGGACUGCGCUGGUCACCGCUCCCCACGCCACUGUCCAUCACCAACCCUAUCUCCAUCUCCUUCUCAUCGCCUGUCCUCAUCUCCAGCCCUAGCCCUAUCUCCAUCUCAUCGCCUGUCCUCAUCUCCAGCCCUAUCUCCAUCUCAUCGCCUGUCCUCAUCUCCAGCCCCAUCUCCAUCUCAUCGCCUGUCCUCAUCUCCAUCUCAUCGCCUGUCCUCAUCUCCAUCUCAUUGCCUGCCCUCAUCUCCAGCCCCAGCCCUAUCUCCAUCUCCAGCCCUAUCUCCAUCUCCAUCUCAUCGCCUGUCCUCAUCUCCAUCUCAUCGCCUGUUCUCAUCUCCAGCCCUAUCUUCAUCUCAUCACCUGUCUCCUGCUCACUCCCUAUCCGCUAGAGUGGACCUGUCUCCUCUUCGCUGCCCUUCCCCUAGGCAUAACCUCUCUCCUGUCUCCUGCCACCCCUCUCAUCCACCACUCUCAUCUCUGCCCCCUAGUCAUAAAUUGUCCCCUGCCCCCUGUCACCCCUCCCCACCCUCCUCUCUGUCUCUGCUAGGUUGUCAUGUCUCCCCCUCCCUAGAGAGACAUCCGUCCCCCCUAAGAGGCCUCUCACCUGUCAGGUCCAAGUCCCCCAGUGGUGGAUCCCCUGCCCCUCAGGCAACCAGCCCUGCUCAACACAGAACCCAUCUGCCCAGAGACCCAUCUUCAAAUCCCCACAGGGACAGACCUGCUACAGCUACAAGCUCCAAGGCACGGCCGAUGAAGAGCUACUCUGUUCAGGAGGACGACGAGCUGCGUCCCCCUCUCCUGUCCCCCAGGACUAGACCAUCCCGAGGGGGCCACGGGGGUGUCCUCAGCCACCUGCCUCUCCACUCCCAGCAGCUAGCCAGGAUCACCAACCUGAUGAUCCCCAUUGGGGGGAUCCACAUGGUACAGCCCAGGACCAGUCCACUCUACAGCUUGGUGACUAGCCCUGUGGCAGCAAAGGACACUCCUACUCCGGCAAGGAUGGACCGGCCCAUGACAGCCCAGAACACCCCUACCCCUUCAGAGAUGGACCGGUCCAGGAUCAGGAGAGCUGGACUGGACGAAGUGCCACUUAGUUGGCCUUCAUCAUUGAAGGACCAUCAGAACAGUCUGAAAGAGGCUGCUAGGCCUAGCACUAGCAUGCACACCAGUUACCAGGACAACAGGGUAGGAGAGGGAGAGGCCGGGGCCGAGUGCAGACAGUCAACACCUCUCCCAGACAAGGCAGAUAUGGCCCAUGUACACGUGUGCACCAUGAGACCAGAGAAUCAUGGGAGUUUGAGUCAAAGGGAAGAGACUAAACUGCUGUUCACUGGGACAGAGGUAGAAGGCAGUUCACACACUACAGGCACCCGGACGAGCACUUUGUCCAAGGGAACCACACACACAGAAAGAGAUACAGAUGCACACUUUAGAGAAGGAAGUGUUUUUCCAGUGACUACCCAAGGCCAAAAGAUGCCGCCUUCUUUCCAGACUAAACUCUGAUAGGAAGGAGCACCUUUAGGGAACAGUGCAACAGACGUGUCUUGGGUACAUCUCAUAUGGCAACGUAUUUCCUACAUAGGGGCUAUGGUGCCAUUUCAGAGACAGCCAUGAUCGCAGAGCUAGAAACAAUUCUGUCUUUGAGACUGAAGAAGACAAAAGGAAUCCAAGAAGAGCACUCAGGAGCGUACGGCUUCUGACUAUAAUGUGAUUAUGUAAUUAUAUGAAUAAUAUAUAGAUAUGUUGAAUAUGCAGUAUAUGUUUUGUAAUCUUUUUUUACUCUCUUCCUUUGGUUAAUGGCAUUGCUGUUAAUUUAUUAUUGAUGUGCUCUUAUGCAAUUCUGUACUAUCCUCUGUGAGAUCUGGAAUGAAAUGUAGAUAAAGAUUUUAUUUAGUUAAUCUAUUCCCCCGUCGACCCCUUUGAUAACUCUAUAAUACAUUAUACUACUCUUGCUGUUUUUAUACUGUAUGAUGUACAGGUGUAAGGUCUUCAUUUGACAUAUAUUGUCACAGCAAAAUAAUCCUGCAGCAACAGGAUUUGAACGUUUAGACUAUAAUGUUGCUUGAUCGGUGGGUAGGCUGUUAGCUGGUCAGAAGUAAGCCACAUGAAGAGUGCAAUACUGUUAAUAUAACCGUGUGUUAGUGUGGGGUUUCAGUGAAUUUAUGUAAAUCACAAAGCUAAUCUGCAUUUCCUGCGGUGCAGGGAAAGUCUCGGCAACAAAAGAGUGGUCAAAUGAAGAUCCUACUCCUGUACAACCAAAUAUAGAAAGGUACUAGACAUCUCACCCUGACCAGUAUUUUGAAGUGCAAUUUCUGUCAAGAUUGUGGCUUGGAAUGUUAUUCUUAAUGACUGUGAUUUUUUUUGUUUAUUUUAAAGCUGGAAUCCUUGAUGGUGAAACCACCACGACCGUGUGCGAUAUUACAACAACAAAGAAGUUACUGCAAACAAUGAACACUGUUGUUUUUCACUCGAACAUCAUUGCACGCGCGAUAGAACAGCAGAAUAUGUAAUGCUUUUUUUUACAACGUUGGGCCGAUGCUCCUCACCUCCGCUUGGUCAACAAAACAAAAACAACGGCCAUGGGGCAGACAGUGGCACUGUUUUCCCUACUGCGGAUUCCAUAUUUAAAGAUUGUUCAUUUUUUAUAUGUUGCCUGGCUGUUUUGAAGAAUCAGGGUUAGAAUAAUAUCUUAUUUUCUACUAUCUCAUUGAGAGUAAAUCUUGGAAUAGAUUGGCCAAUUUAUUAUUGGCCAAUGUUUUGUAGGUGCUCUUUCAUUUGGAUAUCCCAGUUUGCACUCCUCUCUUGAAAAAGUUAUCCUGCAAAGCCCACUUCCGGGGUCUUGUCUUUAUAGAACCCUUUGCCCAAUAUAUUUUUUUCCAGUUGCCCUUUUGACAUUUUUGAUAAAAUUUGCUUCAAUGCAGUUGUCAAAUUUGAAAAGCAUAAAUUCUUCAUCUUGGUGUCCUCCAUUUAUGUAAAUACUUGCCAUUCUAAGAUGAAGUUCCCAUCUUAACAUGAUACAUAUCACCUUUCACAUCACCAACCAAAAGAAGAGUUUAUUGCAUUACUUAGGCCCAGCCUCAGCUUGUUCAACAUUGGAUGAUUGUAAGUAAUUCGGGCUAGAAAAGCUAACUCCACUCACUGGAUAUUCAUAUAAAUAUAUCUUGUUGUGAUCAUCUGCUGUACAUGAUGCAGUCUAUAUUUAUUGCCAUAAACACAGUAAUAACAGGUCGUUUUUAUAAAGGAAGCGGUUUCCAUAUUUGUCAUUUUCAUGUGUCUUUUACCAUUAAAAUGCGUUUUUACAGAUUUAUAAUGAAA